GAAAUUCCAGUCCGCCGAAAUUUCGGUGCCAUCGCGCGCCGGGGGAAGUCAAUUCGACAAACCGCUAAUUAUACAUCACCCUCAAUCCGACGCAACAGACUUUCUGCAAAACCUGUGUGUGGGACGGUGACUUGGGGGAGACAAAAAUCAAAAUCAUCUGCCAUUCGAUCCUCCCAAGUUUGCGGUUUGCGUCUUCGGGGCGCUAUCAUUCUACAAUGCAGAGGCUUCGCGCCCGCGACCUUCGGGCCGUCGACCUCUAUCGGACAGUAAAAUCGAACCUGGACACCAAAUUCAGUCUGCCGGGAAUGCCGCCGGGAAGGGAACACCGGCAGGUUCCUCCUCCAUGGCUGCAGGCCAUGCAGAAGAUCCCACCUUCUGAAAUUCUUACCAGACCGAUUCCGAUCCAACACCAAAAGCCGAACCCCAAGGCCAGGAAGCCCAAGAACAUUUUUAGACCGCAAAAGAUUGUUUACGAGGAAGACGAACUACGAAAGACCUUCUACCGUGACCACCCAUGGGAGCUCGCUCGGCCAAGGGUGAUUCUUGAAAUUGACGGCAUGGACUCGCACUACUGCGACUGGAGCCAGGGGUUGGAACAGCCUAGCAUCCCUUUGUCCGGAGAGAGUGUGGUGCAACGUCAACUAUGGUUGAUGCACAACGAAGGCAUGACUAAAGAAAAGGCAUAUGACCUCGUGCGCCGUGAGUUCUACGCGCUGAGACAAGAGGAGGAAGUGGAGAGGAGAAUAGCACAAGAAGAAGCCCGGAUGGUCGGUGCCUACUUCGGCAAGAACCGUCUGCAGAUCGGUAACGAGUUGGAGGACCACGAGUACGAAAGGUGGAAAGAUUGGGCCGCUACUGAGAUGGCCAAGGCUGAGGCUGAGCGCGAAAACGCAAUGCCUACUUUCGGAGGAAAGGCGAAGGACGCAGAGGCGUCGAUCGACGAUCUCAUGCUUGAGGGCAGCAUGGAUGCGAUUUUGGAAGAGAAGAAGGCAUAAACUGGUGUACGAAAAAGAAUUGACCAGAGGUAUACGCCUACUAAUCUGGGAAGGGUGUAUUGUAAGACCAGCAAUUGUGUAUAACUUCAUGCUACAAUAUAGACAGGUACCAGUUACCGUCAAAGCUUCAGAUCAAACCCUUUCCGCUUCUGUGAUCUUUGCGAAAUCGGGGGCUUGGAACAGCUGCA